GGACUCGCCGGUGACGUCACGCGAUGUUUUUAGUGCUAUGGCGUACCAGGAAGGGGAGUCGCUUGAAUCCUGGCUCAAUAAAGCCACCCAUCCGACAAACAGACAGGAGGACUGGGAGUACAUUAUAGGCUUCUGUGAUCAGAUCAACAAGGAACUAGAAGGUCCUCAGAUAGCAGUGACCCUGCUGGUCCACAAAAUCCAUUCACCACAAGAAUGGGAGGCUCUCCAGGCUCUGACAGUACUGGAGGCGUGUAUGAAGAACUGUGGGAGAAGGUUUCAUAAUGAAGUUGGAAAAUACAGAUUUUUAAAUGAGCUGAUUAAAGUUGUGUCUCCUAAGUACAUGGGUGACAGUGCAGCUGAGAAGGUGAAGGUGAAGAUCGUGGAGAUGCUCUACAGCUGGACGGUGGCCUUUCCAAAUGAACCCAAGAUCGGUGAAGCCUACCAGACGCUGAGGCGACAGGGCCUCGUGACACAUGACCCGGAGUUACCGCUGGACAGGACUCUGAUCCCCUCGCCUCCAACACGACCUAAACACCCGGUGUUUGACAACGAGGACAUGGGCAAGCUGCUUGCUGAGCUUCUCCGCAGUAAAAAUCCAGAAGACCUCCAGGAAGCAAACAGAUUAAUCAAAAACAUGGUGAAAGAGGAUGAGGCUCGAGUGCACAAGGUAACAAAGCGUAUUAACACUCUGGAGGAGGUGAACAUUAAUGUGAAGCUGCUGACGGAGAUGCUGUCCCACUACAAUAAAGACAGCUCCACUGACUCCGACAGGGACAUCAUUAAGGAGCUGUACGAGCGCUGUGACAAGCUGAGGCGUGCUGCUUUCAAAAUGGCCACUGAGACGGAGGACAAUGACACCAGUUUAGGCGACAUCCUGCAGGCCAGCGACGACCUCUCCAGAGUCAUCAACUCCUAUAAGAAGAUUGUUGAGGGCCAGCCCAUCAACGGUGACAGCGAGGAGCCUCCAUCUACAACCGGCCACAACGAGAGUGCAGCUGCAAUCGAUCUCCACUUGACAGACACCACAGAUACGCUGAUCGACCUCGCCGGCCUCGACACUCCGAGCCCUCCUCAGCCCGUCCCGCCUUCCUUCCAGUCCUCAAACCUCGUCUCCACCAAUCCCAUGGCUUCCCCCAUUCCUGUCCUGCCUCCUCCUCCCAAACGGCUGGCCGGGUCGCAGGGCAGUCAGAGCAGCAGCCCGAGUCACCCCCCGCUGGACAAGGCCUCUGCUGCACUCUCUUUCCUCGAUGAUGAGCUGCUGUCUCUAGGACUGAACGACCCCCCCGCCUCUCUGAGCAGCCAGCCUAAACCCACUUUGAACGAACUGGCCAAUCAGUGGACCUCCUUACAGGCUCCAGCGUCAGGUGUGGAUUUGUUUGGAGGUUUAUCUGGUUCAGGUCAAGUCGUGCCUCCAGCUGAACCAGCUGCUGCCACAAACAGUCUGCAGAACCUGCAAGACCUGGCCAUGAUGGGCUUCUCAGAUCACAAGAGUUUGUCGAUCCAGAUGGCGGCCAGAGGAAGCAGCUUUGGGAUGCCUGCAGCAGCUCCUCCCCUCAUCCCCGGGCAGGGCUCUCCCGCCUCCCCUUCUUUCCUCCAGUGCACGCUGCCCGGCUCUCCUGCUCUGAGCCAGGCCAAGGCCCAGAGCCUGGGCUCGGCCCCGGGGAGCCCGCUGUUCCGCUCUCUGUCGCCCUGCCACCCUCCGCUCCAGGGCAGCCCGGCCAGAGCCACGGACGUCUCCCUGAGCAACGUGCACGUCCCUCUGGAGGCCAUCAGACCGAGUAAAGUUCUUCCUGUGACGGCGUACGAUAAGGACGGGGUCCGCAUGCUGCUCAACUUUGCCUCUGACUGUCCCCCCGGCAGGCCUGACGUCUUGGUGAUGGUGGUGUCUAUGCUCAACACAGCGCCCCUGCUGGUUCACAAUGUGGUACUGCAGGCUGCUGUGCCCAAGUCAAUGAAGGUGAAGCUGCAGCCUCCAUCAGGAACAGAACUGGCCCCGUUUAACCCCAUCCUCCCUCCAGCCUCCAUCACCCAGAUCAUGCUGCUGGCCAACCCAACAAAGGACAAGGUGCGUCUGCGCUACAAGCUGGCUUUCACACUCGGAGAUCAAAUGUGCAACGAGGUUGGCGAGGUGGACCAGUUCCCCCCACCAGAGACCUGGGGUCUCCUAUAGAAGUGUGCAGACCUGCUGCCACUCAGCAGGCAGAGACCGCUUCAUGCUCCAUGAAGGGGUGAGUGUGUGUGUGUGUGUGUGUGUGUGUGUGUGUGUGUGCGCACACAUCCAUCCCAGAGAGAAAGGAGGGGAAAUCCAGCUGCACUCUUCCUUUCAGCUUCACAUUCCUUCUAGUUGUUUCUUUAGUUUCUGUCUUACUGGCAGUGAGACGCUAACAGCAGACACUGGAGUUGUAUUUAUUAUACAGUGCUUGUAUACUUUUCUGCAGAUAGCUAACAAACUAAAGAUAUACACUGGCAAGUCAGACAGCAGUAAGACAGUGUUUACAGGCCGUCGGUGUGGAGAGAAAUAUUUAAAUGGAUUUUCCCCCCUGAUGAUGAAUAUAACAGAUUUGAAUGUACUGUAAAUGAUCAAUGCAUUAGAGGUCAGACUGACUCUAUCGGUAACAAACUGACUUCUCAAAGAAACUAACAGAGCCGAAGAUACAACAGCUGUGCUUUUAUGUAUUUAUUCCUCUGGUUGAGCACUUUGUUAACCCGCAGGAAAUAUACUUGGAUAUGUACAGAAAUCUUCAAAUGGAAGCUAGUAGAUGUUUUAGGGAAACUUCUGGGGGUUUUUUAUAACCUGGAUUCUAUUUUCACAUUUUUUGUGUGUCUAAUGGGGAACACUAUUAUUUAAAUUGAUCCAAUAUUGAGCAGUAGUAUUGCAAGGUUAUUAUAGUUAAUGAAAACUAUGAAAUAAAGAAAACUAGGAUUGAAAAAAAAUGUUUGUUAACUGAAAUAACAAUAUAAAGGAGGUUUUUUUUUUUUUAAAGAUAACUAACUGAAACUGUAUUGUGUAAUUACAAAACAAAAAUCAUUUUGACGUUUUUUUCUCAUUUUGACUUUUUUUCGUGACUUCCACUUUUUUUUCUCAUUUUGACUUUUUUCUUGUAACUUCGACUUUUUUCUCGUUAUUUUGACUUUAUUCUCGUAAUUUCAACUCCUUUCUUGUAAUUUUCGACUUUAUUCUCCUCAUUUUUACUUUUUUCUUUAUUCUCAUGACCUCGACUUUUUUUCUUAUCACACACACGUACACACACCUGGUUUAUUAUCUUACAUGACUUCUUUUCCAUUUUAAAAACAGUUCAAAUUGUAAUCUAAUAAUGUAUGUCAGAGAGAGACACUUAAAAUGUCUUUAUAAAUGUUCUCGUUCUCUGUAGGAUCCUUUCCAUAAUGUUGUCAGAUACUUAUAAUAAACAUGUGAGCGUCUCAGUGACAUGAACAAACACCUCUAGUGAACUUAACGUUACAUUACCUGUACACUGUGGCUCCAAACAAUUACAUUUCAGCCUCACCUCACUCAAUACUGGACAGAUUUCAGGAAUUCUUGUCCACAUUAGUUACACAAAAACACAGGAAAAUACUAUCCAGGUUGAAGUUCCCCUAGAAGUAAAAAAGUACUACAGAACAGAUUAUUUCAGCCUUGAAGAUUUCUGACAUGUUUAAGUAACCUGUGUUUAUCAAUUAUUCUAGUAAAUGUUUUAGAUCAGUGGACCAACAAUAUUUAAUUUUGAGCUGUGAAGGAAACCAACUGCACUUAAAUGGUUAAUUUUUAAUUCCAAAUAUGUUGUUGUGACGUCUGAGUCCAACUUGGGUUUUAUUUCAUGUGAUUUCUUAUCUUUUUGAAAUUAAAAUGUGAUUGUCAGCCUUUCAGUCAUGAUUUUAGCAGCGAGUAUCUAUAUUUUUGUUUCAUAUUUAAAGAUCUCUACUCUUCUACCGGUGUCAGUAUUGGGAGUAUUUAUUAUUUUCUGUUCUGUUUUAGUAUUUCAGUGCAUCACUGAACCUAGAAAAUGUGAACUGAAAAACCUGAAGUUUGAUCUGUUAGCUCGAAAGGGAAAAAUUUUCAUAAAUCAGUCCGCCUGAUCCUCCCGAAGGUCCCUUCACUGGUAGUCCAAUGGGGUGUACAGAAGAAGUGUGUGUGUAAUGUACAUAGUAUGUAAUGUACCUAUUGUUUGUUGUAUGACAAGUUAUGUGAACAUGUGACGUGUAGAUUUUGAGAGAGUGUUAAGUCUGUACAUACUGUAUGAUGUGCCAUUUGUUCGCUACAUGAAAAAAUAAAUAUUUCUUUCAAUGGA